AUGGAGCGCGCUGUGACGCAGGCGCUGAGCGCGACGCUGCGCGGGCUGGAUGAGACCAUCCUCGAGUACAUCAGCGGCGCCGUGGCGGACCAGCUGGCGGACAAGGUGCCGGCGGACGCGGCGGCGCUGGAGGCGCAGCUGGAGGAGAGCGUGGCGCCGUUCCUGCUGAGCACGGGCUUCUGCGACGACGAGGCGGCGGCCUCGCAGCAGUGCGCGGCGCUGGCGGCCAAGCUCAUGGCCAGCCCGGAGCUGCAGGCUCUGCGCGGCGAGGGCGGCGGCGCGCAGGACGCCGUGCGCGUGCUGGAGAACACGCAGAGCAUCGAGGAGCAGGCGCGCAAGGACGAGGGCGCGGCCGACGCCGAGCAGCUCAUGGCGCGCAUGUGGGGCUUCGACAAGAUCCGCAAGACCACGAACGACGAGCUGGAGGCGCAGCAGUCGGCCAUGUCGGCCCGCCAGGUGCGCAAGCAGAUCAAGCUGGAGCAGCUCACGGCCGAGCGCGAGGAGGAGCAGGCCGAGCUCGACCGCGAGUGGGAGGACGCGCGCUUCCUGCCGGACCUGACGCAGGACAACGGCGAGCGCGACAUCCACGUGCCGCGCCUGACCAUCAACUUCAAGGGCAAGACGCUGCUGUCCGACACGGCGCUCAAGAUCGUGGCCGGCCGGCGCUACGGCCUCGUGGGCAAGAACGGCGCCGGCAAGACCACGCUGCUGCGCUACAUCUCGCACUACGAGCUCGAGGGCUUCCCGCGGCACAUCCGCAUCCAGCUGGUGGAGCAGGAGUCCGCCUCCAAGCUCAGCAAGGACGACCGCAGCGUGCUCGAGGUGGUGCUGGCCGCCGACUACGAGCGCACCAUGCUGCUGCAGGAGGAGAAGGAGCUCACGGCCGAGGAGGCCAGUCAGGGCGCGGACCACAGCGUCCGCCUCAAGGAGAUCUACGACCGACUUGUGAACAUCGACUCGGACACGGCCGAGUCGCGCGCGCGCACGAUCCUCAGCGGCCUGCAGUUCCCCGACCACGUCGUGGACGGCCCGGCCAAGGCGCUGUCCGGUGGUUGGCGCAUGCGCACGGCGCUGGCCGGCGCGCUGUUCAUGGCGCCCGACCUGCUGCUGUUGGAUGAGCCCACGAACCACUUGGAUCUCGAGGCCGUCAUCUGGCUCGAGCACUACCUGGAGAAGUACGAGAAGCAGAUGAUCGUGGUGUCCCACGACCGCAACUUCCUAAACGCCGUGACCACCGACAUCGUGUACCUGACGAACCAGAAGCUCACGUACUACAAGGGCGACUACAACACGUUCGAGCACACGAUGAAGGAGAACCUGCGCCAGCAGCGCAAGGCCUACGACGCCCAGCAGAUGAAGAUCCAGCACAUGCAGGAGUUCAUCGAGCGCUUCCGCGCCAACGCCAAGAAGGCGCCGCUGGUGCAGUCGCGUGUCAAGGCGCUCGACAAGAUCCUGCGCAACGAGCUGAUCGACGAGCCCGAGGACGAACACGCCUUCCGCAUGCACUUCCCGCCCCCGGAGCCGCUGGGACGGCCGAUCAUCGCCGUCGAGGACGUCGGCUUCCGGUAUACGCCCGAGUCGCCCGUGCUGUUCAAGGACGUGCACCUGGGCGUGGACAUGUCCAGCCGCAUUGGUAUCCUCGGUGUGAACGGCUCGGGUAAGUCGACGCUCAUCAACAUCAUGAUCGGCAAGCUGCGCCCGAAGGACGGCUCGGUCACGAUGAACCCGCGUCUGCGCGUGGCCACGUUCACGCAGCACCACGUCGACUCGCUCGACCUGUCCAAGUCCGCCGUGCAGAACAUGCAGGAGCUGUUCCCGGGCCACGAGCCCGACGAGUUCCGGUCACACCUCGGCCGCUUCAACCUGUCGGGCGAGCUGGCGAUCAAGCCCACGCGCACGCUGUCCGGUGGCCAGAAGUCGCGUGUCGGCUUCGCGCUCAUGACGUGGCGGCUGCCGCACGUCGUGGUGCUCGAUGAGCCCACGAACCACUUGGACAUGGAGACCAUCGACGCGCUGAUCGACGCGCUGCGCGAGUACAAGGGCGGCGUGGUCAUCGUGUCCCACGACCAGCACUUCGUGACGAGCGUGUGCGAGGAGCUCUGGGUCGUGGGCGACCAGAAGGUGGCGCGCUUCCGCGGCAGCAUGAGCGAGUACAAGAACCAGGUGCUUGGGGCGAAGAAGUGA